AUGUCGGCUGAUCCUGGCAAUGAUAUUAGUCUUACCUCUGUCCCCGUCACCUUCCCCGUGAUCUCUGAUCUUAUCAAAGGGUAUAUCGCCCAUCGCAACAGCUUCAGAGACCUUGAGCAAAUCGUGCCCUUAUCGAUCAAAAGAUUCCAUUUUGAGAUGGAUGAUAUUGACAGCAUUGUGGUUGUCACUGAAGAAGCUCCAUUAGAAACAGAAGAAGCAGGAGGUGCCGCCAACACUCGCCAGCUCAUGAAGUUUGCUGCUCAUGAGGCCGAUGAGCUACGCAAGCUUGUACAACACAUCGAAGAUGGCAAGGAUGAUACCGACGAGAUAGAGGCGCUGAAGAAACUGUUCCAGUUGGUUAGGAAUGAAUACACGAAACAAGGCUGCACAUACAAUGCCGAUUGGAUGAUGGAGCUCGUGACUCUCUGA